AUGGCCAAUUCGGACAAACUUGGUCUUGGACUUGACGAUAUCAUUCGAUUAGAUCGUACAACAAAUCGACGUGGUGGUGGUGGUCGUGGUGGUGGUGGAAAUCGAGGAUUUCGAGUACGUACUGGUCGAGGAAGUGCUAAUGGAUUUCGAACUCGUGGUGGUGGUGCGCUGCCUCGAAUAUCUAAUCCAUCAGCAACAGGUCGUUGGAAACAUGAUCUUUAUGAUGAUAAUACAAAUCGAAAUCGAGAAAUACAACGAAAUACUGGUGUGAAUAGUACAACAAAAUUACUUAUUUCAAAUCUUGAUUUUGGUGUAACUACAAAUGAUAUUAUAGAAUUAUUUGAAGAUAUAGGAGCUGUACGUGUAGCUCGUGUACAUUUUGAUGAAACUGGUCGAUCAUUAGGUACAGCUGAAGUUAUAUAUGAACGUCGUGCUGAUGCUAUUACUGCUCAACAAAAAUAUAAUACUCUUAAUCUUGAUGGUCGUCCAAUGGACAUUAGACUCGUCGGCAAUAUCGAUGAUGGAUCUAAACAACAAUUAAAUCGUUUUUCAUUAGGUAAUGUUGGUAAUAAUAGACCUCAACGAUCUGGUUUUCGUAAUACUAAUCAACAAAAUAAUAUUCGAGGUAAUCGAACACGUGGUGGUAGACAACAACAAAAUGGUUCUAGUGGAAAAAAAGAAGAAGUUACAGCUGAAGAUCUUGAUGCUGAACUUGAUGCAUAUCGUGCUGAAAGCAAACAAAAAAAAUAA